CCCGCCUCCCCUCCCGCGGGGCGCCCCUGCCGCCCGCCCCCCGCCGCGCGGCGCGCCGGCCGCCGCGCGGCGCCAUGCCGUCGUUCAAGGCCUUCUCCGAGAUGCAGAGGAAGGCUCGCGAGGCCGCCCAGGCGGCGUCCGAGCCGCCCGAGCCGCCCGCGGCCGGAGCUGCCGCCUCGGCCGUGGCGUUUUCCCCGCCACCGGCAGCGGCGCCGACGCCCACGGCGGCGGCUGCGGAAGAGGAGGCGGAGCGCAGAAGGCCGCCAGAGCCGGCGGCGCCCCCGCCCUCGGAGCGCCAGGGCCCCGAGGCGGCGGGCCUGGCCGCCGGCAUGGCCGUGCGGGUGGUCAGCCUUCAGGCGAGCCCGAGCCGUGGCUGCCUCUGCUGGGAGGUUCGCAGCCUCGCUACCCUGGACAAGCCAAGAGGCCGGCGGUCGCGCGUGGCGGGGGCCGCCGCGGACUCCAUCAUUGCGUUGGUGGAGUCGCCUUCCAAUUCUCGAGAGCUGGAUCCCAGCAGGUCGGUGUCCUCUGCCAGCGAGUUCGGGCGCCGCACCUGCGAGAUGUGCGGGGAGGUGCGGAGGAUUGCGCGCCUGGAUGCCAGCGGGUCGUUCUGCGCGGCCUGCCAGCUCAUCACCGAUCGCCCGAGGGCUUUGCCUAGAAGAGCGCGGAGCUUGCCCGUCGACAUCUUCAAGAAGGAGGACGAGCUCUCGAAGUCGCUCGCCCAGCUGGAGGCCGUUGUCAACUAUGUCGUCACCGCUUUCGGCGGCCGCGUCGAGGAUGCGCCAGCGAAGCUCCUGAUCGCCAAAAAGUACGUUAAGGACUCGAAAGUUCCAGAUGGUCAGAGAGUGCGCCACCACAUGGAGAUUCCUGGCAUGUAUCGCCUCGGGAUAAAGCGCAGCAUCGGGUACUCCAGCGCCGCGGCCACAGCCCAGAUGCUUGAGGUUGACGUCAAGAGAUACCAAGUCGUGAACUCUGCUUGGAAGUCCUACAAGUUGUUCAGUGCGGACGUCUUUAGCAUUUUCUAUACACCCCGACUGCCGGACGAUAUUGAUAUUGAUCCAGACAUUCGGGGCGCUUCUGAUUUCACUGCCGCGUCCAAGCACUACCCCGAUCUUACAUAUGUCCCCAUGUCUUCUUCGGCAGCGAACACAAUGAAAAUGUGGGAACACCAACUUCACCGACAAGGUUUGGCUACGUGGAAAGACAGAGCUGAUGAUGAGAGCGGUUGUGCGGACGCAAAGGGCGCUGAGUUCUUCCACGUAUCAAUCUUAUCUUUUGGAACAGACAAAGGCCCAGACAAUGUUGGAGGCAGAAAUCAAAUAACUAACCUGCUCGCCGACAAAGUGUUUUCGUGGGUGGCUUGGGUCUGGUGCUUGCAGCACCAACUUCACCUCAUCGUGAAACGCCAGCUGAAAAGAACAGGCAGCUUUUUCUCAAAUAUGGCAAAGAAGUCCAACACAUGGCGCGCGCCAUCCAACUCGGUGAAGAUACGCCAGUGCUGGGAGAAGGAGUUUGGAUUUGAUCGGAUGAAGCAGGUUGCUCAUCGCCUACCACCUCGAGUACUCAGGGGCAGGCUCGGGUCAAUCCACGAGGUGGGCGCUUUCUUUCUGCGAGCUUCCCAGCCAGAAACAUCGACUGUCUUCAACAAAGUGUUCGACCCCAAGGGGACAGCUUCCCCUGCUCCUCGCCCAGUUGACCCUACUCUCACUGAAGACGCGAACGGCGAGGACUACGCUACGAAGCUCACUCGGUGGAAAAACGACGCUGUGAAAGCUGCGAAUGAUCUUAAACGCUGGGCGCUGAUGGCCGCUACGCAGGUGACCAGGGAGCCGAUCCAUGGCAUGAUGUGUUGGUUACAAAAAAGAGCUGGCGAAAGCCGUGAGCAACAAAGCGAGCUGGCCACUGCGUUAUCAGAUAUGUCUGCGGAGUCACUCGAGAAGAAACGAUCUGCUGUGCAGAAGCUGGUCUACGGCAUGGGGAAUGAGUUCAUGAAUGAGCUAGACAAAUUGUUCGAGGAGGGCUCAUACAAUGACGUUUCGAAGUGGGGAAAGGUAUGGAAGCACACGGAUGCCAACACUAACAUGAUUGAUCUCCACAACAUGUGCAUGUUACACCUACUGGAGAUAUCCUGCGACUUCCACAUGCGAAUCAUGGAGCCCAUUCGCUAA